CCCCACCCCGGAACGUGCGCCAGCCCCGCCCCUGCCCCUGGUGCCGGAGCAUGAAGCUCUGCCACAGAGACAGCCCUAUGCUGAACACCUACACUGAUUCAUUUAUACAUCUAUUGAAAAAUUGGGGGAUUUAGUUCCUUAAUGUUUAGCGACCCUCUCUUAUCCUAUCAGAGUUCUGAUGUUACAUACAAACUUCAGAACUUUAAAAUGAACCAAAGAAGACUGAAGCUGACCUCUUUGUGGUUUUCUGUUUUUACAAAAGAAACAAGAUAAAAUGGAGAGGUGGGUAAAACUUCUGCCGCUUCUAGCAGCCACCCUGUACCGUAUCUUUUCCCCCAAGGCUGUGCAAACCAUAUCUGGCCAUCCAGCUUCCUGGCAAUGACUCAAGACCGGUAAACAUCAGUGAAGUCUGCAGCUGUGUGGACUGCAAGGUUAUGAUGCAGUCUCUCUCUCCCUCCCCCCUCCCCCUUUUAUGACUGAAGCAGGAUGGAGAACUGCAGGAAUAAUCUCUCUGUUUACAGGCCAGCACCAAGCAGCCCUAGGAUACGAGUCUGGCAUGCGAGCUUUCAUUUCCCUUUCCUGUUGGCAAGUCAGGGUAUAGUUAUCUAUCCUGAUAGCUUGUUGGGGGGGGGGGGGAGAGUCUGUAAUGACACAGAUAAAUUUUACUUCUGGGCAGCAAUCUGCUACCAGCCUUACAAACCUUGUAGGGCUUAAUCAAAAAGCACGGCCCUAUUGUCCAGAGAUGUUUACUGUCACCUUGUGCUCCUUUCAUGGUGCAUCAAGGAUUGUUCUUCUGCAAAAAGUGGGUGCUUGUGACAAAUGGCACAGGUGUCUCUUAGGGAAGCUGUACCUCUGUGCCAGCACUUCAGAUUCUACCUUACUUUGAAGCCAAAGGCUCUUCAGCUGUGUUACUUUUCAAGAACAGGGAAACAACACUUCUCAGUCCACUGCUCACCUUCAUUCCUAACUUGUUUUAAUAGACUGACCAUCUCCAUUCAUGAGGGAGGUCUCUGGACCUGAUCCUGACCAACUUCUGCCGAAGGCAAAUAGAGGGAGACAGCCCAGCUGUAUUAAGUAUUUUAAUAAGGAGUUCUAGGAAUGGGGGAAGGUGAGCAGAGAAGUUUUUGGAUGUUCACUUAGGGCAACAUACAGGCUGGAAAAGCACUUAGCGCUAGGCCAGGGAAAUCUCUGGAGAAGGUGUAAAAGAGAUUUCCUCUUGCAAGAUGUUCCCUUGUAUACUGAGGAACAAAACAACUUAAUUGAUAAACCAACCUUAAUUGUUGCUUGGCUUUGGAUAUUAUGGACAGAAAGAACCUUCCUUGCUGGGUGGAAGGAGAGAAUCCAUAGCAGACAGCAUAUUUAAGUGGGAGAUGGGUUGGAGCUUAGUUCUGCUACAGUGGUGAAGGUCUGGCUGCAUGUGAGAGAGUGCACCAGUAGCACUCUUAAUGGACCAAGUGUUUAACAAUUUUAAUAUUUCCUCAUUUCCGUAAAAUAAGUGCUUGAUGUCCCCAUUUUAUGAGUAAGCAACUGAGGCAGAGGUUGAGUGAUUGAUUCAGGGCCACCCAGUUGUCUUAACCGAGCAAGUGCAAUUCAUUGUUGGAAAGAGGCUUAUUGUGCUGGUCCCGUGGGUAAUCUGAGAAGCAAGGUCCAGGUCCGAUCCACGGUCCAAAGAGUCAACGUAGAGUCAGUCCGAUGUAGGCGAAGCCGGGCAGGGCAGGAUCUGGCAAGCAGCACUGUUGCUCCCGCAACCUGGGGCGGGGUCUGACUGGCCUUUAUCUCUGAUGGGGUAAUGGCCGGUCCUGAUCCCCUGACGACUCACCACCCUGUCUCUCCCAAAGGUGAGCACUCCUCCUGCGAGUACUCAGGUCUCUCCUUCUCUCAGACCUGAGUCUCUGCAGCUUGGGAGACGCCGGUGGGUUACUAGACCCAGGAGCCGCCUCAGCCUCUCCUGACCCAGUAGGUAAUGGACCAGCUGUCCAUGAUGACUCAGCUGACAGCAAUGAAGUAUUCCCCGCAUCUGGAGCCAGGACAGGCUCAGUCAGGCCCCUGACUUGGCUCAGCUGGUGCCUGUUGCAGGGGAAUCUGUGCAGACUCAGGCUCAUCAGAAUCAGGCCCCAGACUUGGUUCAGCUUAUGUCCAAGGCAGAGGAUCCGGUGCAGACUGCGACUCCUCUGGUUCCGAGCCCGAGCCCGAGUCCCAGGCCAUCACACUUAUUAUUCUUACUUAUUUCAUUUCUACACCACCCUUCAUCCAAAGAUCACAGGUCAGUUUUCAAUAUACUGUAAAAACACAUGCAUACCAUAAUAACAAACAGAAACAAUUCCCCCACCCCACACACAUAUACACAGUUUGAAAGGGAGAAGUAGAACAGAGCAUUCCACAAAUGUUGUGUUGUCACCCUAUGGACCUCUUGUGGAAGAGGCACAGGAAGAAAGGCCUCGGGAGAUGAUUGCACAAUAUGAUUUUAUGAUUGCUUGAUCAUAGUGCUUAUCUAUUCAUCGGCAUAACCAGGAUUUAUAUUGGGGGCAGGAUGGGGGGGAUAGGACCAAGCUAUCUGUGACACGAUUGGUCAGUUAGUUAAGUAUUUUUAUUUACUUGAUGAGGGGGGUCUGUCCCCUGGUUACGCCCAUGUUUCUAUUAUGAUUUGAUGAUAUUGUAAGAUGUUUUAUGAUAUAAUAUUUCACUUUCUUCAAUAAUGUUUUAUUCUGGAUUGUUUUAUUUGAUGUUUUAAUUAAGGUUGCAAACCACUGUGAGGUUUUUUUGUUUUUUGUUUUGCUUAAGAAUAUAAAGUAGCAAAUAAUAAUAAUAAUAGUAAUAAAUAAUAAUAAUAAUAAUAGCCAACAACCCAUACCAGCUGGGGAGGAGCAAAGAGAACGCGCGCCCCCCGCAUCAGGGGUCUGAGAGGCGGGAGCGCGCGGUGGUGGGCGGGGCGCAGGGCCGUGACGCGCGUGUUGUGAAACCCGACCCAGCUUGAGGAGAGGCGGGAUUCCGCCCAGUGCUGCUGCUGUCAGGCUGUUGCGCGGCGCGCGUGGGGACUGUGGAAUUCGCGGCAGCAGCAGAACCAGGAGAGGCGAGAUAUUGGAGGGAGCUGCCUGCCGCUCUUAUCCUUAAUAACGCGGUUCUUCCCUGCUAGCGGCGGCAGCUCCUUGCUGGUGCGUUGCAGGCGGUGCUGCGGUCGGAGCCCCCAGUGUAGGGACUGCGGCGGCGGCGGCGGCGCUGCUGCCGAAGGAGGGAUGGAUGUAGCGUCGGAGUUGUACUACCUGGCCGUCCCGCUGCUCUUCACCGUCUUGGCCGUGAUCCUCGCCUCGGUCUUUGUGAAGCUGAGGACCGGCUCGGAGGGCGACAAAGCGGCGGCUGCCCCGGGAGGAGGCGAGCCCCGAGAGGCCGCUGAGGAGUGCGCUGCGGCAGAGCCGGCGGACGGGGCAGAGGACGGCGAAGCGGGAGCGGAGGAGCCGGGCGCAGCGGGGCUUCCUCGGCUUCAUGAGGAGGGAGGCGGGGAAGUGAAGGGCGAGGGGAGAAGGCGCCGCGAGGAGGAGAUCGGGGCUGCUGAAGAAAAAGGGGACGAGGAGGAGAAAGAGCAGCGCCAGGAGAGAGGCGGCGAGGAGGACGAGGACGCCGCCGACGCCGCCUGUAGGACUGCCCAAGCCGGACAGCAGAGCCACCCGCAGGAGGUCAAGAUCCCCAGCCAGGCGGCGGCGGCGGCGGCUGUCGCUGCCGCUCCGGUGGCGGUAGAAGAAGAGCAGGAGGAAGAGGAGGAGGAAGAAGAGGAGGAAGAAGAAGAGGAGGAGGAGAGCAAGGAAGAAGAUCAGGAAUCAGAAAAUGAGAAACUAGUGGUGAGGGAACCCGAGACUGAAGAUGCAGAUGAACAGUUCUCCUUUAAAUACAGUCCUGGAAAACUGAGAGGAAACCAGUAUAAAACCAUGAUGACCAAAGAAGAAUUUGAAGAGGAACAAAGGAUUGAGCUGACCUCUGACCUCACAUCCCUGUAGCAAGUACCUUAGGUCCUCGGCCACAAACAUUCUUACAAAUCUUUUUGGUAAGGAGACGAUGCUUCUUAGAAUUAGUGGUACCACCUAUAACCUCUGCUAAUGUGAUCUGAAACUAAAGUUGACCAUGUUCCUCCCCCCCCCCCGGUCCCCGCACCUCCCACUUCCCCCCUCCCUCCUCAUAACUAAUGAAUUAGUCUCCUUCCCCUCUGUGCCCCAUUUCAUUUACCAUGAGCACCACAAAUCAAUGUGAUGGAACAGGAUACACCGGCCUUCCCUAGUGGGACAUUCACUGGCCUUUAUUUUCCAUUCUGCGGCUUACUCCUCCUAGGCAGCAGCCAGAAUUAAAAAUAACAAUCAGAUCUCUGAAUCCACAUUCUGACUUCAUUUGAGUACAGCAAACUUGCCUCCCAAAUUUGAAAAUGAACAUUUACAUCAAAUUGCUAUGAGCUGGGCAGAACUUCCUUCCAUUCAGGAUUAGGUAGAGUUUCUGAUUUUAGUAAUAUGGCCGUCUUUUCUGCCUGAAAGAACUGUCCACCCAAAAUGAAAGACAUGCAGCAGGAUGAUAUUACAGUCGUACCUCGGAAGUCAAACGCCUUGCAAGUCAAACGUUUUGGCUUCCGAACACCGCAAACCUGGAAGUCAGUGUUCCGGUUUGCGAACUUCCUUUGGAACCCGAACAUCCGAUGCGGUUUCUGCGGCUUCCGAUUGGCUGCAGGAGCUGCGCCUUGGUUUACGAACAUUUUGGAAGUCAAACAGACUUCCCGAAUGGAUUCCGUUUGACUUCUGAGGUACGACUGUAUCAGUUAGGGGCUGAGAUACAAUCAUUUGCCUAAGGCCAUUUUCUACUCCAGAGCUUGUGCUCUUUUAACUACCGUAGCACCCCCAAAGCUAUGCACAUGCUGAAAUCUCUCCCAUUGACACCAGUGGGGUUUUAUGGUGCUUACCGGAUUGGGCCCUGGGUUUUCAAUAUUGAAAGGUGUUUGCAUUAUAGGACACACUGACCCCAGUCCACUAAUAUCCUUUGCCACAGUUUUGCUGUGUUGUUUACAAUCUAAUAGUUGCAAUUUUGGCUUAAAUCAGCCUUUCCCAACUUGGUGCCCUCUAGGUGUUUUGGACUACAACUCCCAUCAGCCUGAAUCAGCAACGCCAGUGGUCAGGGAUCAUAGGAAGUGUAGUCCAGAAUCUCUGGAGGGCACCAUGUUGGGGACGGCUGCCUUAUGUAGACACUACGCAACAACUACAUCUGGGGCUUAGCUUGCUGUGCAGUCAUGAAAACAAGAGGGUAGUUAUUAAAGGGACCAUUUGCCCAACAGCUCCAGAAAUUCUCAUACUGAAGAACAAGCUUUUCUGAAAAUCAUUAUUGUUUAGCAUUCAUACAGUACUUCCCAAGUGCUCAGAAACAUGCAUUAUCUCAACAAUCCUUGAAACAACCCAGUAAGGAAGAUCAAUAGUAUUCUUGAGAUGGAGAGUAGAGAUGAGAGAAUUGUUUGCCUUUUGAGUCUAUGGUAGAAAUGAGACUUGAACCUAGCCACACAGCUACAGCAGCUCUGGCUUGCUUCUCUGCCUUUAACGUAGGUUUGGCAUCAGCAAGUGAAGCUUUUCAUGUCAUGGAGCUAAUCAGUAUCCACUGCUAAUUGCUCCACAUAAAACUGCUGUUCAAGGGGCAACUAUCUGGGCCAGUUCAAAAUCUGGCAACAGGGAGAAAAUUCAAGGAGUGUCCUGGUCAUGUCAGCUUUCUGAUUUAACCAUUAAAGCACAAACGGAAAAUGUUUCAACACUUCACAUGUAAGGGAUGCGUUUGGAACUCGUUCAAGUCAGAGGCCAAGGAAAUAGGCAGGAACAGCAAAGCUUGAAGGUAGCUGAAGACUAUGGAUUAUGAUCAUGCCAAUGUUUACUCAGCCAGGACAUCAAGCCAAGGUUAAAGCUUUCAAGAUUGCAGCACAAACAGGGAAAGAUACAGCCCCAGGAAUAGAGAGUAAGAACCGAAGAUGAAGGGCAAGCUAUGACAUAGGAUCCAGCAGGGGUCAAGAGCAGUGACAAGCCAAAUGGUAAGAUUAGGGAAGAAGCAAACAAUAGAGGACUGCAAGGAAUCCAGCUGCACUGCAUAGGCUCUGCCUGCCUGGCUCCUCAAUACUUUUUGUCCUCUUGGCUUAGCUCCAUUUCAUAACUUGUCAUGGUAGCUGAGGAUCAGCAUCUGUGUCCAGUGCCAAUUCAAGGGCCCCUAGGGGGCAAGAUGCUCUCCGUGGGCUCCCUUCCCUAAGCGCACCCACCCCUUUCUCCCUCGCCAUUGUUGCCACAACACGCCUUUCCUUUGGGGCCCAACAGGCAACCCUGCCCAAGAGAAUGAGUGCAAGGCAUUGCUGCCCCUUCUCCUUGCUCACUCUAAGAGGGCAGGUGAACAGGCAGCAAGAAGAAACAGCAGCCAGGGAUUGGAAGCAAGCCUCCUGCUGGGGCAUGGGCUUCAGCAAGCGUCCUUGAUGCCAACCUUCUCAGUGUUGCAGAUACCCCAGUAAAAAUCUAUGAAGCUGCCCUGCAGUAAGUGACUAGGUUCUAGGUUGUGGCCAAAGCCUGCAGCCCAGAAGCCGCUUCAAGUGGCAAACUUCCACUUCCACUUAAGUUAGUAGUCCCUUCGGUGUCAAGGGAACAAACCAGCCUAGAAAUGCUCAUGAUUUCAAAUGGGUUCCACAUUCUAUAUUUACGUAUAAAGCAUUACCUUUUCUCCUCUUAUGCACUUCCACCUACCUGCCUAUCUGGAAGUCUAAAGGGUGCAUUUUAGAAACAGCCUCAGUAAGUGAUUUGUGAACUAUACUUUAUGCAUCUCUGGUCAUAUUAGGAGUUAAUCCUGAAGGAUGCAACCAUUCAAAGCAGGAUAUGAUUUUGGACUCUGUCCUUUCCAGUCUUCUAGUUAUUACGCUUCAUUUUUACUCCCCCCCCCCCGGGAAGAGAAUGUGAGAUUCCUGGUGUUGGGGCGCCCUCUGUAGAUCUUGGAAAGCAUCUCUGCAAAAACCCUUCACCUUUUUUUGUAUUAUGGUGGCAUAUCCACACCAGAUUGGAACUGGUUUCUCAACCAGUCCCUCUUCCCAGGGAAACCUUGGCAUUGUAGCUUGAGGGUGGUGGUGAUGGUAGAUGUGGUGGGGACCUUUCAUAGAAUUCUCCUCACCGUGUCUCCAUACUACAAUUCCAAGCCUUCUUUGAGGAAGCCUAGGCAGUUAACAAGGUAUAAACCAACAUAAGUUGUUCUGUGUAGUUAAGCGAGGGUCUAGAAACACAGGUUUUCUUGGUCACCAGAGUAGACUUGUUGAAAUUAAUGACCGUGACUUACUAAUUUCAGCGGGUCUGCUCUGGGCAGGACCUGGGCUGAUACAACCCACAAUAUCUUCUUGUCAUUCCAUAGAUGAGAGAAACGGAGAGUGGGGCCCCCUAGCACUAAGGGUAUGAGCCUAAGCCUAAGGACAAGAAGGUCUGCGGAUGGCCCCUGUGAAAUUUCCAUUUUGAGGUGAAUGUCUGUGUGCACAUUCUUGGCACAGUUUUAGGGUCAGCCAGAGGCGAAGGGCAACAUUCGAGUGUCCCGUGAGUUUUGAAAGAGCGACAAAGGUCAGGAUGCUUUCUGAAUGUCACCCCUCCUGGGAAAUAUCAACAAAGUGCCAUUCUGAUGUAAGCACCAUUUGAUAGUAUCAGGUGCUGUUGUUUCCAGGUACGGACAACCCCAAAGCAGUUUUCUGACGGCCAGACUUAGACAUCAUAGGAAACGUGCAGCUCUGCAUCUAGCUCCACUUCUCUUUCUCUAAUGUGUAGUAGAACGUACCUUGUGUUGUGACAUCAUGAUCUCAUGUUUUCCUACCUCCCAAUUAUGCAGCUUGGGGAAUGAAUAUGAUUUUGGCAUUGCAGAUUGCAGCCUUUAUACGUUCUACUAGACAUUUACGACAGUGGGAAGAUGGAUGCAAGGUGGUUGUGUUUACUCUCACCAAUAGCUGUGUGUUUGCCCUAGUUUAACUCCAAGUGAAGAAGAGGAGAAUGGAGUGGGUGCAGCCCUCCUGCUUGACCUGCCCUUCAUUUAUGAUACAUUGGCCAAAGCUUGCAGCAGAUUUGUGCACAACACUCUGAAACUCAAAAUUCAUACAACAGGAAGAACUCUCAGCUUUGGAUCUAAAUGUUAGUGCUCCACAACCUCUUGGUGAAAUCCCACAGGGUAGGGCAAGAAUUUCCCAUUUGGGGGUCUGCUUGUGUCCUGUUUUUAAGGACAACAUACAAGUUUGUCUUUCUGGACACAAAGCAUCACUGUUGCGUCACUGCAGGCUGCACAAACACGUCAUCAUGAGACAGCUCCUCCGAAUAUGCCAAAAGAAAGAAGCAGUUGCAGAGAAUCAAUCAAAGCAGCUAAGGCGCUUUUGCCAAGUCCCCCUUCCACAAACACAGCUAGGCUUUCCAAGGGGUAGGGAAUACAUUGGAGCAGGUGCCUUUUUGGCCUCUGCCAAUCCUGCUCCCCAGUGCAUGCUUCCCCCCUGUGCUUGCUCCUCCCGUGAUAUCUGCUUGCUGAUUCCUUGUGUGUGUGUAGCCUUGGGAUGGUAAAUACCUUCUCUUCCUGUCGUCAUUUGCCCUUUCGCUGCUUGCCUUGUCCUUCUCCUCCCAGUCCUUUAUCAGCAGCUUUGCUUUCCUGUCCAGCAUGGUGCUUCUUUGGGAUAAGAGAGGCUGGUAAGUUUCUGUUCCUUAUUUUGCUUUUCAUCUUUUGCAGCACGGUAAGAGCACUCAAGGGUGGGGAAGAAGCAGGAAUCUUGAGACCCAAGGUGGCGGGGGCUUACUGCAGUCAGCAUAGCCAUUUCUCUAGAAACUAUAAUUAACCUGCAUGCAAAUUUUCAAAUAAAACCAUUCAUAUAAGGGGGAAUCAUGAGAGAACACCCACUGAAAUUAACAUAGGUGCAUCUAUUUCAAUGGAUCUCCUCUGAGUAUAAUUUAAUUGGAUACAACUCAUGGUGUCUUUUAGCUAGUGGCCCAAAAUUUCUCUUCUUUCCGAUUGUGCUUGGAAGGCAUAGAGAAAACAGAGGGGCAGUGGGAUUGCUGCUUUGAGCUUUGGAAAUUUUCCAUUUCUGCUCAGCUUCUAGUUCUCUCCUGGUCUUUUUGUUCUUUAUCUGUGCCCCACCUGGCAAUCCUUCACAGAAUUUCCUUCUCAUAUCUUCUGUGCUGUACUGAUCCUUCUCCAGGCAGUUGAUGUCAUUCCCCAUCUGCUAACUUAUGCGUGUUUUGCUGUGUCAACAAGUGAUAGGGAAGGGGAUGAAUUGAUUAGGGAGCUGCAGAAAAAUACUGAAUGGGAGAACUGGGAGCCAUCAAGGGACUAUGAUCUCAUAUUCCUCUCCCUACUUGUACAAUAUUUUGGAUCUAUGCCAUGCAAAGUUAGCUAACAUUACAUCAGAUGAAUUGCUUGUAUAGCGACAUGUUAGCUAAUGCAAUUCCUGAUGUCUGUAGUAAAAUCUAAGUAUAUUGGCUUGAUUGGGCUGUUAGUGAAUUGUCCAGAAAUGUGCAUUUUGGGGUGAUCAUGGUUAAAAUAUUUUUUCUGUAUUCCCUAAAAGUGUGGUAUUUAGGUACCCUCCUUUCCCUAUGCAUGGAGAAGAUGCACCAAGAAUUUCAUAGAACUGAAUGUCAUUUUGUUUCCCUAAAACACGAAAGUCAGUGACUGUCCACAAAGCUGGAAUCAAAAAGCAUGUGGAACUCACUUUUGCAUGAUGCUGCUUACAUUGCCAAGCCAACUGAUGCUGACAUUAAUGUUUGUCUUAAGAUUGGGAUGAAUUGUUUCAGCUGAAAUGACAAGGUGAAUAAAAUGCCUUACACAAAUGUAUAUGGCAUCAAGAGAACUGUUGUGUGGCCCAACAGCUGAAAAAGACUUGACAUGACAGGCCGAGGUCAUUAAAUCUGUUGAUCCCAAAGCUACUUUGGGGAAAGGACCAUUUCUGAAGAGUGUAAUGGCAUUCAAAUGCUGUCUGCCUGUCUCUUAAGCCAUUAAGCUCCUUUGACCCAAAUGAGGUAAAAGUGGUUUAAGGGCAGGCACACCAGUUCCUUAAUUAUGUUGACUGCAACCUAGUGGAGCUAUUUCAUGAUCAUUUCCAUUGCUUUAGCCUCAUUAACUUCAGUAAGUCAACACCGGUAUAAAUGAUCUUGGAUUCAUACAUUUUGCUUCUUUUUCUUUUAUUCAAUCUAUAAAAGGGUAACAAUAAACAACUGAGUGUGACUGAACUAUGCUGCCCAUUGUAAAUUAUUAAGAUAUUAUUUCCAGCAUAAAGAAGAUUCUAGCCUGUAUCUUUUUAUACUGGACAAUUGGGUGUAAACUCAUUUCGUCUGAUAUAUAAGACAUGGGUGAGUAUACAUCUUGUCCACUGCUGUCUAUGAUAAAUGGUUACCAGUAUCCAUACUACCUCAACAGCAAACCUUAGCAACCACGUGCUCUCAAAAUAUUUAUGAACCAAGUCAGUUUUUUAUUUUUAUAAAAAAUGUAUGCAGUUGGGGGGGGGCGAGAUAAGGAAAUUAUGCUGGGAUGUGCAUAUUUUUAGGAAAGGGUUUCCAGCAGAAAUGAGAUUGGUUAAAGCUAUGUGCUGCAGUAAUUCCCUCCGUUGCAAGCUCCAGUUUCCUGGGUCAGUAAAAACUGCUUCUGUCAACCACGGAAAGACUAACGCAAAUCCGUAAUGUGUGAGAAGUGCCGGCACCAGCGAUGUAUGGCCUGCCUGAAUCUCUUCGUAGACCUAUAUUAUGAAACAUGCUAUUUGGUCAAAUGACCCACAUUUCUUGGGAUAUCAAAAGGGGGAAAUGUUUGAGGUGGGACACUGAGACAUACUAAUUUGGUUUUACAUGGAUCCUUGCACGUUUUCAGUUUGCAGGGCUAGAACUUGGAAUAUGCCUGGCACAAAAUAAGAGGUUUCUAGGUAUAGUUCUCACUUUCUUGGGCAUAGACUACCCUGCUGCAAAUGAUGAAGCAAAUGCCUUAAACCUUGAGGCACCCCUUCUGCUAAUCACUGUGUGUGUGUGCCUGGGUGGUUCAGAAACUUUCCUUCAAAUUCCCUCCCUAAACUCGGUUCUUUUCCUCCACUUAUCUCAGAAAGUAGUAGUAAGAAAGCAAGCCACAGAAGGCGACAUGACUGAAAUGUAUCCUCUUUAUUUUUCUUCUUGUUUCC